AUGGAUGCCGUGGGCGAGGCUCGGCGGUGGUUGGACGACAAGCGGGCGGCGCUUGCUGAGCUGGCGCCGUCAUUGCCGCCAGCUGUCGCUGUCUCUAGUGUUUCGACGUAUAGUCAGAGUGGUGGGAGUGGGAGUGGGAGUGGGAGUGGGAGCACCCGUGCUGCAGGAUGGCUGAUGGGGGAUGAUGUGUGGCGGUGGGCUGCAGCUGCACUGGGCAACAUGGCAUGGCAGGACGGCAGUGCUGAUUCCACCCUGCCAUUGCUCCUCUCCUCCUCCUCAUCUCCAUCACCAGCAUCAUCCUCGUUGCAGUCACCAUCACUGGCAUCACCUCCCAAUAGCAGAUCGCUUCUGUCACAGCCGGUAAUGCCAGUGCCUAGCAGCACACUGUCUCUUCUGGAUAUCGCUACCAACCCAUUACCCUCCUCUGCUCCGCUGCAUCAACAGCAGCAGCAGCCAACUGUACUUCCCCUCGCUGUCAUCCCAGAGGCUCUCCGUGCCACCUGUCGCCAGCUGGACCUCCACGUCUGCCAGCUGGCAGCCGCACGCUGCCGUGCCGUGCUGCGAUUGGUCGGCGACCUGAGGGCGUACGGGGAGGCAGCGGUGGUGGCAGGCGGGGUGGGGGUGACGGGCGGGAGGAGGAGAGGCAGGACGAAGGGCACAGCAGAAUCUGCUGAGAAAGAUGCAAUGGAAGGUGGAGAAGAUGCAAUUACUAGCCAAGCCCUGUACAACCCACCCACCUCCGCAACUGCAUGCAUCAACACAUAUCUGAGCACGAGCGCGGUGAGUCGGUGGGCGCGCGCACUGGAAGCCACGGUCACAGCGGCGGGGCUGCGCGCACUACCAGCAGGGGUGGGAGAGAGGGAGAUGCGCGAUGAGGCGAGGGCGGCGAGAGAGGUGCUUGAUGGGAUGGGGCGGGUGGAUGGAGGGGUGGGGGGCGGGAGACGCGUGUGGGCGCUGCCAGGAGGAGGAGGAGGUGAAGGAGGAGGAGGAGGAGGAGGAGGAGGAGGAGGGGAAGGGAUGGUGGAGGGGCAUGGCAGUGGCAGCGGCGUUAGCACUAAUGAGGAGCGAUUGUUGGAGCGAAGGCAGGUGCUGGUGAAGGCAGUAGAGGAUGCUUGGAGGGCGGUGAGAGGAGAGAGCAGUGCCGCAGCAACAGCCACAACAGAAGGUGCUGCCGGUGCUGCGGGUGACGGUGAUGCUUCCAGCAGUCGGGCAUGCCAGACAGAGGGAGCAUGUGUCGAGCCAGGAAUGGAAGGAAGGGACAGUGAGGCGGCAGAUAGAUCAGGUGUGAAGGAAAUGAAAACUGAGGGAGCGCAAGUGGGAGCAUGGAAGGAGAGAGCAGGAGAGGGAGUGCUGCGAGGGGAUUUGGCACAAGUGGAGGGCAGGAUUUUGUUUGGCUCUGCACUGGCGUCUCUGCUAACUCAGCUGACAGCUGGCGGCGUGACACAGGGCAGUGGGCGUGCUGAGCUGGCGGAGAAAUCUGCAGCUGAGCAGCACGUGGCACUCCCUUCCUUGCACUUGGCAUCCGAGCAGCAAGAAGCAACGCUCCCCUGUCCUGCUGCGCUCCCUGCCACUCCCGCCAUCUUAUUCUCCCCACCCUCCUUGUCACCCCGCCCUCUAUCGAUCCCCUCUCCUUCGUCCCCUGUGCCCUCGCCUCCCACCACCCCUCCUGCCCGCUUGCCUGCACGCCCUUCACUCUCUCAAGACACAGCUCCUGAUGCCGACGUUGUGGCUCCUUAUGAUGCCGAUGCUGUUUCCAUCGCUGCUUCUGCUGCUGCUGCUGCUGCUGCUGGUGCUGCUGGUGGUGCAAGCACUGCUGCAGGCAGUGGUAAUAUCACUGCAGAAGCAGCUGCUGCAGCCAUCAAUGCGCCAGUCACACAUCAUCAUGCACACCUCAUUUCUGCAGCAGGCAGUGGAGGCACAGAGUCCGCACUGGCUCCAAUGGUAUCAGAGAAUCCUGGCGACCUUUCUGCAGCCGUUCCUCUCUCCUGCUUCGGAGAAUCCUUGCAAGCAGCGCUUGCUGCACUUCAUGCUGCUCACUCGCUCUCCUCCCUCCACCUCCACCACCUGCUGCCGAGCCUCGUUCCGAGGCUACUUCCGAGCCCAGCUCCGAGUGCCAUUCCAGACCUGUCGAGUGCCGCUUCGUCAUUAGAUAAGCAGGCGGUAUCGUCACCUCUUGUGGCCCAGUUCCUGGAAGCUUCUGACAGGAUUGAGCGUCUGGUGAAAGGAGGGGGGAGGGCUGACUGUACGGAUGGUGAUAGUAGAGGGGGACAGGAAAGCAGCAGUGGUGGUGUGGGUGGUGACGUGGCAGAUGGUGACUCGUGGGUGCUGGGUGCUCUUGAGCAGGAGGAGAGGGCUAUAGAGCAGCUCAUGGGCUCGCUUCCUGCUGUCCCUGCUGCUCCUGCUGAUUCUGCUGUUCGUCUGUUUGUGGUGCGGGUGCAACUGGUGGCGGCAGUGCUGCGAGCGUGUCUAGCUGAUGAGGAAGCAGCAAACGCAGGGCGUGCUGAGGAGGGAAGGCAGGAGGACAGCGGGAGAGGAAUUUCCGGCACAGGGGCAGAAGGAGGGGGUGAGGACUUGGAGGGGCAGGAGGGACGCCAGAGUUGGGAAGCAGAUCUUUUGAGGAAGAUCCACAUGGCACUGCGUGAUUGGCUGAGGACAUACACUACUGAAUGUCUGGGCCCGCUAGUGGAGGGUGUGGUGUGUGUGUUCGUGCAUCCCGACAAUCUGGCUGCUGUGCUCCAUGCUCGUUCUGCCACCACCACUGUUGCUGCCAGUGGUUCACGCAAUGCUGCUGCUGCUGCUGCUGCUGCUGCUGCUGCUGCUGCUGCUGCUGCUGCUGCUGCUGCUGCUGGUGAUGGUGGUUCGGGUAACGCUGUGGGCGGUGCUGCAGUUGGUGCUACUGUUGUUGGUCUUGACAGGCAAAUUCUGGAGCUCUCAUCUCUCAUUGGCCAGUUCUGUCGGGCUGAGGUCACCAGGCGUUUUGCUGACGCCAGCAAGCAACACGCUGCUGACACGCAACAUCCUGGCCCAUCCCCGCGCAUGCACGCUGCACGCGUGGCAACCCUUGCUGCUGCACGUGCUGAGCUGGCAGGCUUUGAUUGGUUGCACGAGCCUCAGCUGCCAGCUGGCUCUGUGACAGCUGUCCCUGUUGCUGCCACCCUGGGGGCAAGCUAUAGCAGCCUUGAUGCUGGUGCUGGUGUUGCUGUUCACCAAGCCUCACCUGUCCCCGCUGCUGCUGAUGGUUCUGGUGCUGCUAGUGGUCGUGGCAUCGGCAGCAGUCAGCAUCAGCAGGAGCCGCAGCAGCCACUACCGCCACCCGCAUCCCGCACUGCCCUGCUAAGCCAAAUCUGUGCCGAUCUGGCCGUGGUGCUAAAGACAACGGAAGCCAUCCAGACGUGGGAGGCGGCCGGCGCCACUGUGGAAACCGACCUGGACCGGCUGCUCUUCUGGUGUUCUUCCUCUCCCCCUCGGCCACUCAUCCAAGCAGCCUCGUCAGUCCAUCUACAGGCGGCACAGCAGGCAGAGAGGACGGCUCGGGCAGCUCAGGUGGAAACAACAGAAGCGCGGCUGGCAGCUCAGAAGUUGGUCGACAAGCUGUCAGUCACACUGCAGCAGCAGUCAGCCAAUCACAGCGCGGCCCUCUCUCAAGCGCACCAAGCAGCAGCUGGCCUCUCAUUGGCUGCUGCCAGCCUCGCCCCUUCCUCUCCCACUCCAUCCUACCACUCAUUCGCCAGGUCAGUGCUGGUCAACGCUGGUCAAUGCUGGUCAAACAAGUCAAGCAGGCUAGUUCUGGUCAAUGCCAGUCAUUCAGUUCUGGUUCAAACUGCAGGCUUGUUUUAA